CUGGUAUAGCUAUGUUAUGUUCCCAAAAUUUUGUGUUCAAUAUAAAAGUGAAAUCCUUACCUUGAGAUCAGUAUCAUUGCGAUUUCUAGUUUAAACAUAAUCAACGAUCCUCGCCAUGAAUGUUUACAAAGUUCUUCAAUUGUAUUUGUUACAGUUGUGCACAUAUACGUCCAGUUCUACGAUAUCUUCUGCCGUAUUCAAAUUAACCGCUUCAGAUACUACACUUGCUGGUCACGUCUUUCGCAAAUGCCGCGCACUGACUGCUCUAGACUGUGCUCAUGAAUGCUUGGCUGAGCGUCCCGCUUGCAAAUCGAUAAAUUUUAUAACUAGGAAACAAGCUGAUUCUGUCAUGAAUUGUGAACUGAAUAACGCCACAAAGUCAGCACAUCCCAUUAAACUUUAUUUGGCGAAAAACGUCAAUUAUUACGAGAUAAUUGAAAAGAGAAGAACUACAGGCGCGAGUGUUUCAUCAGUGCAGAAUGCAAUCGGGACGUUCCAUGCAAAUUUCACAAAUCUUGGUGCUUCUGGCCGCCUUGGUCCUCAAUCGCUUGGUUCUGAAUAUUUGAGUAAAGACAAUGAAAACAUGGUGACUGUUAAGGAAGGGAUACAGUUCUGGACAGUUCCGUGGACUGGUACAUACGAAAUCACUGCAGUUGGUGCAGCAGGGGGGAAGGAUAAGUACGGGUUGCCUGGAGGUCGAGGAGCGAACAUGAAAGGAGAAUUUGAUCUUAAAAAAGGGGAUGUGAUUAAAAUAUUGGUUGGACAAGAGGGUGCUAAAACUGAUCUUAUUGGUGGUGGAGGAGGAGGAACAUUUGUUGCGACAAUAACUAACACGCCAAUGAUCGUUGCUGGUGGUGGAGGUGGUGCUCAAGGUCUUAAUAACCAGUUGUUAAACUGCGACGCAAGUACAGAGACAACAGGAAAGAGUAAUGCGUGUUCCCCCGGAAGUUCCUGUUCCAUUUGGGCUGGUGGUGCUAAUGGAACUGGCGCUUUGUAUGGUGAUGCCAAAUCAGGUGGCGGUGGUGGUGGGUUUUACAGCAAUGGGACAAGCGGUGAAAGUGGAGGUGGAAAAGGAUUUAUUCUAGGCGGAGAAGGGGGUUUAUCAAAUAAAUAUCCUCAUCCUCACGGUGGUUUUGGAGGAGGAGGAGCGGGAGUUGGAGGAGGAUCGGGAGGAGGAGGAGGGGGAGGAUAUUCAGGAGGAGCGCCGGGUCCUUCGGUUUGGGAUUCUUGUGGAGGAGGUGGUGGAUCUUUUAAUGGUGGAAAGGAACAGGUGAACAAAGAAGGAUAUCGCGAGAGUGGGCAUGGUUUUGUUGAAAUUAAACUUUUAAAUUAGGUUUAGCCUGAAGGAUAGGUAAAUCAAAUUCAAUUGUGUGUAACUGAAGGAUGCAUAAAUUAAAUUUAAUUGUGUGUAAUUGAAAAUCAGGGGCCGGUUGUACUAAUUUUG